AUGUGGAAGAGAGGUUUACUCGGCGCCGUCGGCGCAAUCCACCACACACGUUCCUUAGCAACUCGCGGCGGAGCCACCAUAUCAUCCGCCGUAGACUCUAUGAUUCUCCGCUCCCUCAAGGAUCAUUACAUGGAAGUAGCCAAAAUGAACAUGCCCCCUAAAGUGAGUCCUCCGUCAUCCUUCACCAUUGUGAAGGGAGCACUUGAUUCGGAGGGUCCAGUUUUGAAGCGAAAUCACGGCGACGAAGAGGUUAGCAUUUACGUGAUGCGAUUGGCGAAUGUCGAUGAUGAACAAAGCGGUGCUAUGGAUCAGUUGUUCAUUCAUGUUGAUGUAUCGAAACCUGAACAGAAGGAAUCGUUGAAUUUUCUUUGUGCUUUAUAUGAAGAUGCUCUUGGGAUUCACUCUGUUUCUAUGAGGCCGAAGCUUCAACAAUCGGAUGGAUAUAUUCUUGCUCCCACUGAUUAUGCUGGUCCUGUUUUUGAAGAACUAGAUGAAAAGAUGAGAGAUGCUUUUCACAAUUACAUAGAGGAGCGAGGCAUAAACGAUAGCCUCUUUAAAUUUCUUCAAGCAUGGCUAUAUGUGAAGGAACAUCGAAAUUUAAUGCGUUGGUACAAGACAAUGGGCUUGUUCAUUGAUGGGAAGAAGCCAGCUACAGGUGCUUAG